CAACAGAAAUCAGUUCGAACGCGAUACUCAAAUCGAAUGGAUUAAUAAGUCGUUAUUGUUCCUCAGUGAAAAUGACGAUGAAAAAAGCCAUUCAACUCCUUGCAAUUCUUUGCAUUUCUACUGGGGCCCUCACUCAGGAACCAGAGGAGGAAGAGCAUCAUUGCAUCUGGUAUGGAGAGUGUACCAAUCUGAAUGGUCACCACCAAAAUUGUAUUUACGAUGGACCGGCGAAACUGCUCCAAAACGUCACUGCUGAGGCUAAGCUGCAACAACUCUGCCCUAAUAUUUAUGAUGGACCUGAUACACCUGUCUGCUGCGAUGCCGCUCAAAUCUUUUCAAUGGAACUACAACUGGGCCAAGCUGCAGGACUUUUUAAACGGUGCUCCACAUGUCUGCAGAACUUCAUGUUGGGCAUAUGCGCGAUGACAUGCGCGCCCGACCAUAGCAGAUUUUUGACCCCCACUUAUGAUGAACACAAUGGAGUUGGUUAUGUGAGUGGAAUCGAGUUCCGAAUUGAUGAGGACCUUGCGGACAACGUCUACGAUAGUUGUAAGAACACGAUUUUAUCAGCGACGGGUAGUCCCGUUAUGGAUAUCGUAUGCCCACCUUACAAUUCCAAGACCUGUAAUGCAGAAAGAUGGUAUCGGUAUUUGGGGGAUCCUGACAUGAACGAAUUUGUGCCAUUUAGAAUAUCAUAUAAUUUCACGAUUGAAGAUGAGGAGAGCUCCUUUAACAGCUCUACGAAAUCAUGCAAUGAGGCUUAUCCUGGAAUGUAUGCGUGUUCAUGCAUAGAUUGUCCUCAGUCCUGCCCAGCUGGCAAAGUUCCAGAAGCGGAAGAUGAAGGGUUUAUAAUUGGCGAGUGGAAUGGAGUUACUUUCAUUAUUGGACUUGUCGUCGGCGUUGUUGGAGUUGCGACCAUUCUCCUUACAACGUAUUUCUGCAGAGACAGGGAAAUGCCAAAAUUGAAUUACGAUUUCCUGACAGGAUUCAAUGAGGUUCACGACGUCAUGGGUUCAGUGUUUUGUUGGUGGGGAAGACUUUGCGCGAAAAAUGCUAUUCUGGUAAUUGCAAUUGCCUCGUGGGUGAUUGGUGGCUUAUGCUAUGGAAUAACGUAUAUGGAGAUAACAACAGAUCCCGUGGAGUUGUGGGCAUCGGAAACGAGUCAAACGCGGCUGGACAAAAAUUAUUUUGAUUCACAUUUUGGACCCUUUUACCGUACCAAUCAAUUAUUCAUCAGACCCCUUUCUGAUGAAUUGGUUUAUCAUGAAAUUGCUGACGCUGGAACAAUAACUUUCGGGCCAGCGUUUGAAAAGGAAUUUUUGACGGAGGUAUUCAAGUUGCAAGAGGCUAUUAUGGAUAUUGGAAAGGAGGAAGGAGAGGGAUUCGAAAAUGUUUGUUACGCACCUGUGGUAGGAUUUGGAGAGAAGGUAACCAUCGAUAAAUGUUUGAUACAGUCGAUAUAUGGUUUCUUCGGUCAUAAUAUGGCGAAUUUCUUGAAAGAGACUGAGAAGGAUAAUUUCACUGUUAAUUACUUGAAUAAGCUCGAUUUGUGCUUAACAGCGCCGAUGUCUUACGACUGCUAUGCACCUUACGGUGGACCGAUCGAACCGGCCAUUUCAGUUGGCGGAUUCUCAAAGUAUAGUUCAAACUCAUCCGAUUACCAUAUGGCACAUGCGAUUGUCCUCACCUUCUUGGCCAAAAAUCACGUGGAUGAAGCAAAACUAGGACCAGUUAUGGAAUGGGAGAGGAAGUUUAUAAAAUUUAUGAAAAAUUAUACAAAUGACAAGUUAGACAUAGCGUUCUCAGCAGAGCGGUCCGUGCAGGACAACAUUGAAGAACUUUCCGAUAAUGAAACUUCCACUGUUAUCAUUAGCUACGCCGUCAUGUUCGUGUAUAUCGCAAUAGCGUUGGGCAAAAUUAAAAGUGUUAAGAAUCUCUUGCGUGAAACGAAAAUUGUCCUGGCUAUCGGAGGAAUUGCGAUAGUGCUAUUGUCUGUCCUCUGCAGUCUUGGAUUUUGGGGGUACUUGGAGCUGAAAACGACUAUGCUUGCCAUAGAGGUUAUACCGUUUUUGGUUUUAGCUGUCGGAGUUGAUAAUAUUUUCCUAAUGGUGCACGCCUUUAAUCGCAUCGACCGCACCCAGUAUCCAGAUUUGCAUGACGCUAUUGGUCAAGCUGUGGGUAAUGUUGGUCCAUCGAUAUUGUUGACGGCAUCGUCUGAGCUUUUCUGCUUUUUAAUUGGUGGCCUCUCCGAGAUGCCUGCAGUGAAGACAUUUGCCUUUUAUGCUGCCAUUGCAAUUUUAAUGAAUUUCUUGCUUCAAAUUACCACUUUCAUUGCUCUGAUGAGUUUGGACCAAAAACGAUAUGAGUCUGGCCGUUGGGAUUUGAUUUGGUGCGUUAAAUCAAAGGGACCGAUAUCAAAGGAAAUAGACGUUGGCCUUUUGGAGAAAUUGUUCGAUAAGUUUUUGGCGCCGUUGCUUUUUACGAAAGCAAGUCGUCUAAUUACAAUCGUCCUUACUACAGCACUGGUAUGUGUGUCGUUCGUAGCUAUUCCAUCCGUUGAGUUGGGAUUAGAUCAACAAUUAUCUAUGCCAAAGGAUUCUCAUAUCGUAAAAUAUUUUCAGUAUAUGUCGGAAUAUCUUGAGAUGGGCGCCCCAAUCUUUUGGGUUAUCACACCCGGAAUUAACUACACAUUGAGAAGUGGUCAAAAUAUAGUUUGUGGUGGUCAGGAAUGCUAUCAGGAUUCUGCCGCGGCGAUUUUAUAUAUGAAUUCCAAAUAUUCUGAAAUAACAAAGUUAGCGCGUCCCGCUUCUUCCUGGUUAGAUGACUAUAUCGACUGGCUAGCAGUUGACACAUGCUGUAGAAUAAAUAAAACUGAUGGAUCAUUUUGCCCUAGUUCUUCAACUAAUAGUGACUGUAUUCAAUGUCCGAGAGAGUUUAAUCCAGAUGGGUUACGACCGACAGUGGAGACUUUCUCAAAAUAUAUUCCGUUCUUCCUGUUCGAUUUGCCAGGACCCCAGUGCGCUAAGGCUGGAAGAGCUGCUUAUGCUGACGCCGUCAACUACGUUCUGGACUACGACAAUCAUGCAACUGUGGGAGAUACAUACUUGAUGCAGUAUUCCGUAACCUCAGUCACUUCCAAGGAAUUCUACACAUCUUUGAGUGAAGCUAGAAAGGUUGCUGAUGACAUCAAUAAGACCAUGAGGAAGUACGGGGUGGAUGCGCGAGUUUUCCCCUACUGUGUAUUCUUUGUGUUCUAUGAGCAAUAUCUCACCAUCUGGUCAGAUGCUCUGUAUCUUCUUGGAUUAUCUUUGCUGGCUAUACUUGUCGUGACCUUUAUUAUAACUGGACUGGAUGUGAUUUCGUCGCUUAUAGUUUUAUUAAUGGUUAUUAUGAUCUUAAUCCAUAUGUUUGCGUUAAUGUGGCUGUGGAAUAUCACCCUGAAUGCAGUGUCCUUAGUUAACUUAGUAGUUUGUAUUGGAAUCGCAGUUGAAUUUAUAUCGCAUAUUGUGAGAACCUUUAAGAUUUCGGAGGGUACUUCCAUUGAACGAGCUCAUCAAGCCUUUACAAAAACAGGCAGCAGUGUGUUGUCUGGAAUAACAUUAACCAAAUUCGCGGGAAUCAUCGUUUUGGCGUUUGCGAAAUCAAACAUUUUCCAGAUCUUUUAUUUUAGAAUGUAUCUAUUGAUAGUACUACUUGGAGCUAUUCACGGGCUUGUUGUAUUGCCGGUUGUUCUCACUUACUUUGGACCGAAAAGUAUUGCGGUAAAGACGCAGAAAAAUGGGAUUGACACACGAUUGUAGGUUUUGAAAUGUAAUUUAUUUGUUCAUUUAAGAUAUUUGUAAGGUAAUGAUAGGUUAAGAGAAUUAAUCUAGAAAGUGAUGCAGUUGAACAAAAUUUGGUUCAAUUAUCUUUUAUGAUGCCAAGACAUGUCAAUACUUAGAUGUAUUUUCUGCGAAAGAAAGUUAGCAAUAAAUUAAUUAUUGUAUGAAAGGAAAAUUUAUAAUUUUAAAUAAAUGUCGUCAAAUCAAAGAGA